AUGGACCGGUACGAGGUGGUCCGCGAGGUGGGCUCGGGCCAGUGGGUCGCGCGCUUGCGGCCAGGCGCCUCGCUCUCUGGCGCCACAGGCGUGGUAGAUGCUACCGCACCGUCGGCUCCCUCGGCCGCUUCCGGUCUGUACAUCGUCCGCGCCACGCCGCUCCCGCGCAGCAUGGACGAGGCGCAGCGUGAGCGACUCGACGCCCUGCUGUUUGCCCAGUUCAAGGGCUUCAUUCAUGCGGCCGAGAUGUUUGUGGCUUCGCCGCCACCGCCGGACAAAACGGUGGCGCCAGCCGACCCGCCGGCCCCUGCACUGUACGCUGUGGCGCCGACAGGCAGCACCACGCUGCGCGACCUGGUCCGCACCCAGGGCGGGCCGCUCGCGCCCGAGCUUGUCCGCCACAUCGCCCGUGGCCUUGUCGACAUCCUCGUGUGCAUGCACGAAAUGGGCCACGCUGUCGGCAAUCUCGCCGCCGACACCGUUUACCUCGACCUUGCUGCUCUCCGCUCGUCGUCUGGCCAGCGCUCGCCGGUGCGGAUUGCUCCGUUCUCACCGCUCGAUGUUGGCGUGCCGUCGGCGCUUGCACGCACCCCGGAGCGCCUCCUCGGCGUGACUACUCCUCACCCGGGGCACGACCUCAACCUUGCUGCCGAUGCGUGGGCCCUUGGUGUCGUGCUUGCCGAGAUGCUCCUGGGCGGCCCGCUGUUCGACUCUGAGACCGUCGCUUCUGUGCCGCAGCAUCUGUAUCAAGUGUUCAAGGUCAUUGGUGCACCGGGCACGCCCAGCGAUCUGCCGUAUCUGGCACCGGAGCACUUUGAUGCUCUCGUGUCCGCCCUUCCCAAGACCACCGUCGGCUGGCCUGCCUUGCUCCCCGACGCUCCGUCUGACGUCCUCACCCUCCUCGAUGCUCUCUUUGCUCUUGAUCCGCGCCGUCGUAUCACCAUGGUCGACGCCGUUGCCCACCGGUACUUUCACCUUCCGCUCUCGCCCGGCAUUGAGCCCGUUCCGCUCCUCGACCGCUCGCCGCCGCCGCCCGCGCCAACUGCGAGCGAUCAUUCCGCGCUUCUGGACGAGACGCUCUCGCUUCUCCCGCUCCUCCGCGAGCUCUCACCAAAUCCGCCGACGCGUCUCCACCCUCCUGCUGACGACGCCUCCUCCCUCGCCUCCUCCCUCGACAAGCUUGAUGCCGAGCUCGAAGCGCUUCAGAACCGCAGCUCCUCGCACUCGUCCAACUCUCGUAGUUCACAGCAGGACUUGCCGUCGCUCAAGCCACCGUCACCGUUCAAGCCAACCCGCCAGCCGCGGCAGUCGCCUUCAAUCAUCUCCUCGCCCUCGCCUUCGCCCUUGCCGUCGCCCGACGUCUCGUUUGAGAACAAGUACUUGACGUCGCAGGUGGAUGAUGCUGCAUCGCAGUCUUGGGCUGACGAUUACGAGUAUGAGUACCAGUACGUUGAUGACAACGAUGACAACGACGACAACAACAGCCACCAUAGCCCCAUCCAAGGCGGCAAGGCUGACGGCGACGAAGCGGUGGUGAACAACCCCAGCUUUGCUCUCGUUCCGUCUAUUCCCUUUCCGGGCUGUCCGGACUUUGCCACUGCUGGCAAGCCCGCCGACAUGCCUCGCGACUCGCGGCAUGCGCGGCCACCGCAAGCUGCGGUGGCGAUUCCAGUCCAGGCAUCGCUGGAGUCCCAGCUGAGCCAGCUCAUGGCCCAAGUCAAGCACCAGCAGCUCCACCUCGAUGAGCUCGUCUCAACUCCGAGCCGCACUUCGCCCUGCUCGGCGUCAGAGCAUCAAGCUCUGGCGUCACCGCCAGUUGCAACCGCGGUGCAAGAGCCUGCCUCCAGCCAGCCAUGGCACUCGACGCGCGACAUCGCACCGCCGCCUGACAGCCUCGGCACGCGGGCGCGGUCCGAAGCCAACGGUCUCCUCGUCGACAUCUCCCGUGGUCUUCACUUUGAAUCUGCACUCAUCAACAGCUGCCGCGCCAGCGGCUCGUCGUGGUUCAUUGCCUACCGGCUCUGCGGCGAGGACCAGCCUGUCGUCUCGGCCAUGACGUCGCCGUGCGCCGGCCCGCACUUUGACCAUCGCGUCACCUUUGCGCUCUCGCACGACCAGCUCCGUCAAGUAGUUGUCGGUGCUAGCAACAGCGCGAGCGCUCCUCUCACCGUCAUGCUCUGUGCCACCGCGCCGUCGACGCCGCAAGCCCGCACAGUCCUCGCCGUCACAGAUCUCGACCUCUCACCGCUCGCUUACGGCCUUGCCUCUCUCGACGGCUGGUAUCACGCCCUCGAUGAAUCUGCCUCUCCGGCCCUCAACCGCUCGCUCUUCUCGCAGUAUCUCGAUCAGUAUUCAGUCUCGACUCCGCCGCCGUCCGCCAUCCUCGCCGACCCGUCGUCGCUCGCUUACCGCCUCGGCGGAAUCUCAUCCUACCGCGUCGACCCGCUCAUCCACGCCUCACCCUCGGCCCGCCAUGGCCUCGCCACAUCAGACUAUGUAUCGUCGCCGAGCGGCCCGGCCACCGCUGGAUUGUCCUCGGCGCCCCAGUCCGGUGAUGGUCAUCACUCGGAAAUCCGUGCCCUCCAGCGCCUCCAGGCCUCGCUCCGCCAGCUCCAGCUGUAAACGCCCCGCCGCUCG